AUGAAGACAGCUUUAGGCGUAGUCAAAAUGAAAAUGGAACCAAUUUAUGGAGACGAUCCGUCAGAACCGGUGGGAGUGUCUACCUUGUGUGCUAAAUGUGAGUGCACAAUUGCAGAUAGGUAUAUUAUGCGUGUAUCCGGUCGAUCUUACCACGAACGGUGCCUUAAAUGCACGACAUGUGCCUUGAAGCUAGAUCGGUCAUGUUUUGUGUGGAACGCAAAACUAUACUGCCGUCAGGAUUACGACAAGUGCGUAUACCGUAGUUGUGGCAGUUGUGGUGAUCAUAUCGCUGCUGGUGAAUUGGUAAUGCGAGCAGGCGAGUGCGUUUUCCAUGAACAGUGUUUUGUUUGUGUAGUGUGUGGUACACGUCUAUGCACCGGUGAUCAGUAUGUAAUCAAGCACUCUCAACUAUUUUGUCGUCCAGAUUAUGAGAAAGAGGUGAACAUGAUGCGAGACGAAAUCAACCGAAACACAGGAGAUUGGAGUUAUAACCACGAUGGUCGGCGUGGACCCAAACGUCCCAGAACGAUACUCACUACCCAACAACGGAGGGCGUUUAAAGCAUCAUUUGAACUAAGUCCAAAACCGUGUCGAAAAGUUAGAGAAGGUCUAGCUCACGAUACUGGCUUAAGUGUUCGCAUUGUCCAGGUUUGGUUUCAAAAUCAAAGAGCAAAAAUGAAAAAGAUCCAAAAAAAAGCAAAACUUAAUAGCAACAGUUUAGUUGCCACAUCCAAUAAUACUAAUGGAAAUAAUAUUUGUAGUGGAGCUGAAAGUGGUAAUUCGUGUAGUUCGAGUGGACUUCUACAAUCAGCUAUAAAAGACGAACAAUACAAUGGUGGAUCCGAAAGAUUCGAAACGACUCAACAACAAGAAUCCCACCGACAACCUCAGCAACAAAUACAUGAGCCUUUUCAAAUACGACACCAAUCUGCUGCAGUUGUAAAACAAGAUUCCAUGCCAUCGUUUUUACAACAACAGUCUUUUGGUAUAUUUGGUCAAGACUUGAACAACCGCCAAGAACCAAAUUACUUAACAUCAGAUAUUAUGAUACCUAAGCACAUUUAUGGCGGUUUCGUUUCACAGGAGACCGUUAUCCGAUGUGGUUCAAAUCCUAUCGAUCGGUUGUACUCAAUGCAAGCGUCAUAUUUUUGUAACAAUAUAUCUGACGACGCCAGUUCAUUACAGCUAGACGAUCACCAAUAA